GUCAAGGAUUACCAGUAUAGUCAAAUUUUAUUUUUUCAUUUACCCUUACGUGGAGGCCCCAAGGAUUACCAAAAAAGUGAUGGAUAGACUGCCUGCAUGAAAACAUGCAAGUCAAAGGCGUAUGCCCCCAGCAAUGCUUCGGACCGGAUCAAGUGACCUGCAAAAUGAAAAACUGCAGACUCUGUGAUAUUGUGGGACUAAUGCAAAGAACAAGAAUAAGACCCUCACAACAUUGACACUCCUUUUUGUUAGGGGGGGCACUAAGAUAAAAUAAUGGCAGCUUAUCUAACAAGAACUAGUAUGGCACUGAUGACCUUCAAUUGAGGAUUUCCUGGUUCAUAGCAUUUAUGCAUUAAUAAAUACAUUUAAGCUAUUUAUAUGUUUCUUUAACUACCAUGUGACUUUAGGAUAUAUCACAAUAAUUAAAAUAUAUAGCUACAAUAAAACUCACAGCAGCAGUAAAGGCUUACAGAUAUAUUGUAUUUUUAUUAUUUCCAGUAAAAGACUGUAACAGAGACAAUGCGUUCUCAGUUGGGCAAAAAAUGAAAUCAGUUCUACAACUUCCUUAAGCUCAGUAAUUGUCAUUCAAUAAAUAUAAGAAGUCCAAAUCCUCCAAAAAAAUUCUAAGGUUCUUAUACUACUCAUACCUGUAAAGCAACCACAAAAUAAAUGAACUGCAAAUUAGGCCUCUUUCUCUUUCUUUCUCCUCUGUUUUCUCCUUCCAAAAUUAGGGUUGUCAUUCCAUGGAUGCAAUUCUGCUUACAAAAAAGAAUCAAAAGGUGUAAAAAUCCAAAAGUGGAUAGAUGCUGCUGAUAUGUUAGUACUUUGAGGAUUCACACAUAUAGUUAUGAUAGACUUCUUAGCAUUGUGCAAAUGAUAAGUCUAAGUCUGUUAUAAAUAUGAAUGUAAAUGGUAACACGUGGAACUAUAAGAUAGUGGAUUCUUUCAUAACAGAAUCAAUAACGGGGACUAGUUACUCUGUAGAACAGGGAAAGGAAACCUGAGGACCUAGACCCAUUGUUGUAGUUUCAGGACAGUCCUUUGGAUCACGUGCUAAAAUCAGAGGAUACUUCUUCCUCCAUCUUGAGGCAUAAAACCAAAAAAACAUGUAAUUACUUAUUUUUGUAAAAGCUUAUAAAGAAGCUUAAGUAGUUUUUAAAAACAAGGAAGACCUCAAACCUUCCCUUCCCCACAGGAAUCCCAGUAAAGAAGCAGAAAAUCCACACAUAUAAUGCCACCAUACCAACUAUGCCCUGUACAGCACAAAUAUGAAGUGUAGUAAAAGCCAGCCAGUCUUCUAUAGAUGAUGUUGUUCUCCUGUAUAAAUCUUCCAGCCACUGUAACAGCAGGUCAGUUUCUUGUACUAAGUUAGAAUUUACACCAGAAAUGGUUCUUAAGCAAGGCAGUUGUUAAGUGAGCCACACCUAAUUUUAUAACCCUUUUGCCAUGAUUGUUAAGCAAAUCACUGAAGCUAAGGGUAUCCUGUGGUUGAUAAGGGAAUCUGGCUUCCCCCAUUGACUUUGCUUGUCAGAAGUCAGCUGAGAAGGUCACAAACUGUACACACAAUUCCAGACUGCUGCAAAUACAUGCUGGUUGCCAAGUGCCCAAAUUUUGAUCACAUGAUCAUGGGAAUGCUGUGACAGUCGUAAGUGCAAGGAAUGGUUUUAAAUCAUUUUUAGUGCCAUUGUAACUUUGAACGGUCACUAAAGGAAUGGUUGUAAGUCAAGGACUAUCUGUACACUUCUGAAGGGUCACUAUUAAAGGGAAAAGUAGGUACGGAGCCAGUUGACAGGAAUGAAACUAGAUAACAAAGGAUUUCCUUCAUAAAUGUAAGCUUUGCAUUUUAAUAGACCCUCAGCCGUAUUUAUAUAAAAAAGAAGUUAUAUUCAAGUAUGAAAUUCAGUUUCUAGAAGAUGAAAGCAUUUCCCCAAGUGAAAGGAUACAAAAUAUUUUCUGAAUAGACAUACUGUAUUGCAAGGCUGGCUAGGGAAUUCUGGGAGUUGAAGUCCACACAUCUUAAAGUUGCUAAGUUUAGGAAACACUGCAUUACAAUAUGAAGUGACUCCAUAAUUCAAAUUUGGAAAAGCCGUGUUGCAAGCUUGUACACUGCUAUCCUAUCUAUUUGAUGUAUGCAUAAAAUAUCAUAAGCUAGACUGAAAGAAACAGAGAUGAGAAGAAAAAAAAUGCUCCAAGAAAUAUUAACAGACUCAGAUAAGCUGACAAUAUCGCUUCAGUAGAAGAAAGUGAGGAAGACUUAAUCUAUCUCUUACUGAAGGUGAAAGCCAAGUGCAAAAACUAGUCUGACACUCUAUUUCUCUUUAAAAAAAACAAGAUUACAUCAGCUGAUUGUGCCAAGCCAGUGCAAAUAACUGAUAAUCUUUUGAAACAAUGUUCACAAUAUAUGCUUGGAAAAAUCCAACACAAAAAACUAGCAGGUGGCAAGAUUUUAUCAUGUAAGCAUGAGCUUAUGAGGACUUCAAGAAUAGUUGCAUAUAGACAAUUCUGGUAAAUUGUUGUACAUCAGACCACAAUAAGUUGGAAAUGAAUGAAUAACUGAACAAAACAAUAAUACUAGAUAGUGUACUAGUGUAUUAUAUUAUCAAAAAAAAUAAAGGGCACAUUUUUAUAUUGCGGGUGCUGAAGAAAUAGAUAAUAUGAGCAGAAGGAAUGUUUUUCAAAACCCCCAGAUCUGAGAGACCUUUGAAACAGUAUGCAGCUGAUCUCUGUGGAUUCAAUACUAUUUAGCUCAAAAUACAAUUACUAAUGAACUAGUCUUACUUGAAUUUUAUGUAUUCAGAUUCUGCCAAAUGGAUAGCAGCACUAUAGUUUCUUCCUCUAUCCUACUUAUUUAAUCGCUAUUAAAAUUUAGAGAUGACAGACUGAAUAUUAUAAAAAUUGUAUAGAUAUAUUUUUAAUAAAAAUAAAUGACUAUUGUACAUUUUGUAACUAUGUAAGUUAGCCACCGCAUGGCCUAGAAACUAAUUGUAUCACUACUGGAUCCGAAUAUAUCUAUUAUGAUUUUAAUUUUAUUGAAGACGUUUACAUAACCCACUGACUAGCAUGCCGCUAAGCUUUCAAACAGUUGUAAACCAGGGAAAGGAAACCUCUACCCAGUGUAGCACUCAAUGGGAAAAAGUUAUUAAUUGUAUAGAACAUACUCUAAAUGUUCAGCAAGGAGGAAAGAGAAUUUAAAAUGCAUUGAAAUGCAUGAGGUCUUAUCUUUCAACCCUCAAGGGGGAACCCUGGAUUAUCUUGCAAAGGGAUAUACUCAGGCCUGAUUCACCACAAUGCAGCCUGUAGGUGAAUCCUAACGUAUGUUAUAAAUAUCUUUGUAUGUAAUCCCAUACAACAUUUUAUACAUUGAUAAUACUAAGAUCCAAGCAUGAUUACCCAUCCAGCACAUGCAGAUUUUUUGACAACCAUUCAAAUAAUGCUGGGGAUAUUAAUAGCUUGCUCAUCAUCCCACAAUUAGCCAUUUUCCUUUCCCAAUGAUUUUUACAUUAAUUCUAAAUGACACAACCAUGAAAAUUAGUUGAUUCUUAUAUGACAGUAGUGUUUUCUACAAAAUUCACAAAUAUAAGUAAAUCAAAGUCUAUAGGUAGAUCUCUGAUUUAAUUACUCAGUAAGGGUUGAGCUUGUUGAAAUGAAGCAAGUUUAGAUGUGAAUUUUGAGCAAAAGAACUGAGCUAAAAAGAAUUAUACACUAAACCCUGGAUUUAAUAGAUUAAUGAAGGAAGGAUGUCCCUUAAAUAAAUGACAUCUUAGUGUGUUAUAUGAAAAUUGGAACACUUUUUAGCCUCAAAUCAUACUUACAUAUAAUGUGAGAUUUCUGUCUUUGUAUGAGUGCCUUCAAGUCAGCACUAUCUCUUGCCAACUGCCUGGACUUAUCCCUGCAGGGGUUUUUUAGCAAGGUUUUUGGAAGUGCCUUGCUAUUGCUUGCUUCUUAGUAUGUGAGGAAGCAGCCCAGGAAUUCAACUGGCUACAAAUCUAAGUCUCCAGAACACUAGCCUGGUGCUUUAACAAUUAUACCAAAGUGGCUCUCAAUAUAUAGCAUUACCAAUAGCAGAGAAAACCCAUUUUGAGGGAAAGCAGCAAGGAUUGUUCAAUGAAUUUUGCCCAUUGUUUGAGAGGAAGUCUAUUACUGCUUGCAAUUAAGACAAAAUUUAGAUCCAGGCUUCUGUCAGAUCAGAAGCCCUUUAAUCCAAGAUUCAUUGAAUCAUUUUUUAUUGUAUUAAAAAGAAUUAUCUGCACUAAUGUAAACACAUGAACAGGCAGGUUUAGCAGAUAGAAGUCUUCACCCAAGGAAGUGGGUGUUUAUGGUUGAGUGGGCAUGUAAAUUAAGGGCUCUUGUCGCUUUUUAUACAAGGCAAAUUAAACUGAUACAUUGUAAAUGCACAGUUGAUUAUCUUUGAUCAAUUUAAAUCUGUGUGAGGUUUCAUUUCAAUUUAGCCCCCAUAAAAUUCACAAGAAGAAAUUACAUCUGGAUACAUCAUUUUUUUUAUUUCUGCCUAUAUGUUUAUGUACCUGACUCUGAUAUGGUUAUAAAAAAAACACAAACAAAAUAAAUCUAAUACAUCAGUAUUUCCAUUCCUGUUCUAAAACCAAGUGCUGACAUUGCCAUAGAUUUAUUGGUAGAUCAGCAUAAAGGAGAAAAGCCAUUUGUAUGCCAGUCAAAGUUCUAGUAAGAUAUUUAUUUAUCAAUUGAUCGUGUGCUCAGAGGUUUUUCUGCUAUUUUAUUUCUGCCAUUCUUCUGCUCCUGAAGAAGUUGAAACCUUGUGCAGCAUUUGGUUAAACAAAAACCUCUGAAUUGAUUUCACAGGCAUCGAUAUGGAAAUGAUUUGAUAUUACUUUCUUCUAGAUAUUUUCUUUUUAACUUCCGAAUCCUGCGAUAUCUGGAUUCAAGCCAGCGUAGCUUCAAGAUAUCAGCCAAGGCUGCCUAGAAGCUGCUCCCUACCUGGGACUCAUUGGUGUAAGGUAAUACGUUGGUGAUCGUCUGGAUUCCAGUUAUCUAGCAUCGACACAAAGCCUGCCAAAAGGGGUAGCCUUCCGUAGCAGGCGUUCGGUGUAGAGAAGUAUUAACUCUGCAAAUCCAGUCCUGACCCCCUUGUAGAAACGGGGGUAUUAGAGCGAAAGAUAAAACUCUAGGCAGAAAGCCACAGCUUGACAUUUACACAAACAACACUUUCACCUGCUUUUUCCCCUCACAAAGAGCGGGCAGGCCAACAUUACCAAGAGGAGAAAAGCCCCUCCCACCCUUCCAUCCCAGGGGCGGGGAUUUUAUAAAGGCAGCUUUAAAGGUGCAGCGAAAAACGACAGUUCAAACGUGCACCGCAUUUUUCUCUCGUCUUCGAGCGCCCACGUUUCCCCACGACAAACUCCCCUCUGCCACGCCGCAAUCCCCUCGCCGCUCUUUCCCUCACACAUCCGUUACCCGCCUCUCUUCCCUCCUUCCUUUCUUCCUUCCUCCUCCCGUCAAACCCGUGACAGCCUUUGAGGCACGCCCUGCCAGGCCAGAGCUGCUGUUUGCCGGCAGGCUGGGGAGGCAGCCGCGCGUUGCCUCAGCAGCCCUCGCCCGCCAGCCAGCCAGCCAAACGCGGCGACGCCGGAGCGACCCGCAGCCGCGCGGGGUGCCCGUACUGCGGUCCUCCGGUUUCGGAGGCGCCGGGACGAGGACGGGCGGUGACGGCCAUGGGCUCGACCGAGGAACUGCUGCUGCCCCCCGAGUACCUCUUUGCAAGCGAGUGGGAACGGGAAUCGGCGCCGUCGUUGCCGCCCUUAAGGGGCAGAGGGGGCGCAUCCCGGCACAAGCGGCGGCGGCAGCAGCAGCAGCCCCCCCAUUCCUCGCUGCCUCUGGUGGGGGACGAGGACAAGCCGCAGCAGCAGGUGCUACAAGAAGAAAGAGAAAAUAACACUGAAUCAGUCACUGAUGACUAUAAAAAGAUGGGAACUCUCUUUGGUGAACUCAACAAAAGCCUCAUAAGAAUAGGAUUCACAAGGAUGUAUUUUGGAGAAAGGAUUGUAGAACCUGUAAUAAUCCUGUUCUUCUGGGUUAUGCUCUGGUUUCUAGGACUACAAGCUCUUGGAUUAGUGGCUGUCCUGUGCCUUGUUAUUAUAUAUGUUCAGCAAUAAAAUACACUGGGUAGACUAUUUCAUAUAUUCAUGGAUUUACAUAUUUAGCUGAACAAGAAUGGCAUUACUACUAACUAUUGUGCUAAAUAUUAUGUAGCCAUUAAAUGUUUGCAUGGGUUUUUGUUCUUCCAAUCUUUGUAUUUUAAAAAGAAAAAGCAUUCUUAUCUGUCAUGAAUAAGUAGUAAAAUAUUCUCAGUAUGAGGCAGUGUAGUCAAAUCAUUCAUUUAGUAAAUCCUAUUACUAAGUGAAAGAAUUCUAAUUUUAAGAGGUUUGGAGAUACAAACAUACUUUUCAUUGUAUGAAUGCUGCUUUUAUAUUCAUGCAACAACUGUUUUCAAAAAAUACCUUUUAUAUUAAAACUAAAGGUUAAAAAGCCAAUUUUAUGAGCUCUUGUAUGAUUUUUUUAUCACCUUUUAAAUCUCUUUGCAAAUUUAUUUAGUAAUGUGUAUGCAUAGGAACCCAUCUUAAUGACUUGUAAAUGUAUUAGAAAAAUGUCAGUCUAAAAAUUCUUAAAUAUGAGGUAAAUCUGGUGAUUUUUUUAUUUCAUUUUUUAUUAUGUGUGUACUUAUAAAAAAAACUUUCUCUGGAAAUAAAUUAGGAUUCUUCCUUUUUAAUGGAUUUCUCCUAAUUUAUCUCAGUUUAAUUAUUUUAUGUGCAGUCUCUGCAAACACAUUAUAAGAGCAAGCUACAUAAAAUAUUUUUUCUGAAAUUGUCCAUAUUACCCUUUUAAAUGAGUAUUUUGGGGAGAAGAAAUAAAUACAUUUCCUAGUUAUAAAAUCAAGGACUGAUAUGUAUUGAGCCAAAAUAUUAUAAACAUUCUUUAUCAAGUUUACUUUACAAUGUAAAUAUUCACUGCAGAGAACUUAUUAGAUCACAAAUGCUGCACUGUUUAAGUUAUUUAAGAACCAUGGAGAAUGUAGUUGAUAAAAACAGCUUGCACAAUUCCUCCUCAAAGCCAUGCUUUCUGUUACUUCGUUAAAGCAGUAUCUAUUGUGCAACUCUAGAACCCCACUGAAAUUUUUUUUAGUGAAGCUCUUUGUGUAUCUUAAAAGUAUGGUGGUUAUGAUUACAUUGAUUUACCAAGUGGAAUUUUUUGUGGGGGAAAAUUGGAAUAAUAAAUUAUCCAUCACAACUAUAGAAAUGCAUUGCCAAACAAAUUCAAUCCACAAAUGAAAAGUUCUUUUUGCCAUGUUUACCUCAGCAAGAAUCCAAUGCAGAAGUAAAAUUUGGAGAUUCCUUUUUAUCUGCAGGACUAUUGUGUCAUUUUUAUACUGUUCAAAGUACGGUACAGAUUUUUGAACAAAUAUGUAGGAAAAUAUCCACAUAACAAUAUCCUACACUAGAUCAAUAGUUUAUAGGCAAAAGGAAGAUCAGCACUGGAUAAAAACUAGCUUUCAUAAUAUUUCUUAUUUAUGGUAAUAUAAUUUCUCUUUUUACUUUAGCUGUUCCAAAUAGGAUAUUUGUAGCUGAAAUUGGUUUUUGUUAUUUAAAUUUAAGAGAAAUUCCAGCCUCCCUUUUAAUAGUUAAUUUUUAUUUCAUUAAUGAGUCAUCAGUUUUUACUUUUUAUUCAUCUAGUUCAUGAAAAGAUUUUUUUUUUAAAUUAAAACUUGUCAAUUUAUUUUGUUGUAGACUUUAAAAAUAUCACAGUUCUGUUGAUGUGGCCCUAUCUAAACAAUGUACAGAAUCAGGAUUAUUGAUACUGUAAUAAAGAACAGUGAAUUCUUUUGUAUCUUGGGUGGCUGUUACAGCUCUCCAAUAGAUAUCUGAAGAUUCUCAUUCAUUUUGUGAGAGGAAGCAGGCUUAUGCGUUUCAAUGAAAUGUCAGAAUAUAUACAGAGAAACCAUAUACAAAGGUGCUUCUCUUUUCAAUCAGUAUAGCUGGGUAUUAAAUUCUAUACCCUUUUUUAGGGACAAGAGUGUGAUCUAGUUUAGAACCUGAAGAAUGCCUUUAUAGGUAUUAGAAAACUAAUUUUAAAAAAAACUAACUGUUAUUGGUGAUGAAUUAAGUGCAAGUGUGCUAAGAAUGACUUUUAAAUGAUUUUCAAAUAACUACUCAGUUCAAACCUGUAGCAUGUGUAUAUAAUAUAUUCUGUAGGUGUGUGAAUGUUUUUAUUUAGGGCCUAUCAUUUGGCCCAUUUACAAUGAUUUUGAAAUGGCUUUAGAGUAUGAUCACACUUUUGGAGUUGUCUUGUUCUUAAAUGAAACUUCUAACUUUUGAUCUUCAAUUAUUAUCAUUCUACUAUUUUUAACUCUAAUAUGUUUUGGAAAGGAAUGGAGCAAAUAUUAUUUUAUAUGAAUUAUUGACUGUAUAGUAUACUGAAGAGCCAUGCACUAUGGCUUAUUUAGUUGACAAUGAUCCCUGCUGAAGCUCUUCACAUGUCAAAAUAUGCUACCAGAUUCGGGGUAAAAAACAGUAUUAGAUAUACUGUUCAGGAAGAUGCAACCAGGCAUGGAAACUGGUAACCUCACAGAUUCUUUUGAAAGUAUUUUCUGAUCACAGAUAAGGAUUUGCUCUGAAAAAUGUAACACCUAGAAUGGUUUUAAUAUUCAAUUAUUUCCUCAGAAGUGUUUGUAUGAAAGUACGCUUCUACAAAUUCAGAUUUUUAAAAAUAAAUUUUCUUUUGGUUUAAAAA